CAAGUAAAAGCUUUUAAACCAAGCCCUGUGGUGGCGGCAUCAUUCCAUCUGGUUUGCUGCAUUGCAGUGCAGAUGAUUGAGUAGUGUGUAUUUCCUUAGCUUCACAUCGGAUGAUUAACUAUUUGGUAGAUGGUAGAAGCAUGAACACAGCGCGGUGAUCCAACAGGAAAACACAAACAAUCAUCUGAACUGGUUUUGGAAAGGACAAAGCAAGCAAACAUUAAGCUUUUUAAUGAACGUUAUACAUAUCUAUAAUACAGUACAAUAGGUUUUUAGUGUUCCUAUGAUGGGUUAGUACAAACUUGUGUAUUUUCCGAUGUUUCUCGUGCAAACAUGCUGGUGAUUCAAUUAGGAGUCACUGGCUCAAUGCCCUCUUUUGUAUGAUUGACGUAAUUUGUGUUUUUUCUUUGCCUUUAGAACAUUUUCUGACUCUGAAUCACACUUGCGUGUCUCGUUGUCCAUCUGGUACAUUUGGCAACAAGACAUCUGGACAGUGUGAUCCCUGCCUGAGCGGGUGUGUCGUGUGUCAGGAAGCCCAAGCCUGUCAGCGAUGUCUUACAGGACUUUAUCUGCAAAAUGGAACCUGCGUGGUGGAGUGUCAGAGAGGGUUCCCACAGGGUGAAGAAUGCCACCAAUGUGCCCCGGAGUGUGGAUCCUGCAAAGAACGUUCUUCCAACUGUUUGAGCUGUGAGAGACGCUUUCUGUUGCUGGACAACUCCUGCUUGUCCUCCUGUCCAAAGGGCUACUAUGACAACAGCAAAGAGUGCCUGCGCUGCCCACAGCACUGUAGCGAGUGCAGUCAGGAUGGCCUCUGCAAGAAAUGUGGAGAUUAUUACUUCCUGUACGAUGCUGAGUGUGUGGACGAGUGUCCUAAAGGUUACUUCGACAAUGAGCAGGAGUGUAUGCAGUGUCAUGCUGACUGUGCUUCAUGUGACGGACCCGACCAGAAUGACUGCGAUGUGUGUCGCAACCCUAAAGCGGUCCGAUACUAUGGAGAAUGUCUGGCCAGGUGUCCAAGCAACACCUACCAUGAUGAGAACACCAAUGAAUGCAAAGCUUGUGACAAGUCGUGUCUGACCUGCUCAGGCCAUGAACCCACCGACUGCCUCAGCUGUGACACCAACAGACGCGUGGAUGAGAGCAGACACUGUGUGUGGAACAGUCAGUGCUCCAUGGACUCGUACAUGGACCUGAACGGUGAUUGCCAGCGGUGUCACACACAGUGCAGUCGCUGUGACGGUCCAGGCAAAGACCACUGCCUUGGCUGCAACGAGCCGCAGCUCCUACUGAACACCACCUGUGUGAAGAAGUGUCCGCUGGGCUAUUACAUCGAGGACAAAGUUGAUCGUGUGUGUGAACGGUGCCACCCCAGCUGUGAGUCCUGCUUUGGUCAUCACAGUCAACACUGCAAAACCUGCAAACCAGGAUUUUUUAAACAGGCCAGCAGCUGUGUUGAAACCUGCUCUGAGAGCCACUUUGGCAACAAGACCACCAUGCUUUGUGAGCGAUGUGACCCCUCCUGCAGCCAGUGUGUAGGCAGUGGCAACACACACUGUCUGAACUGUAGGGAGGGCUAUGUGUACAUGAGGCCAUGGGGGCAAUGCCUGAAGAGCUGCCCUCCAGGGUACUACAAAGACAUCUGGUCCACAGACUGUCACAAGUGUCACCACACCUGCAAGACCUGCAACGAUGAGGGCGCUUUGUCCUGUCUGUCCUGUUAUGACGGCUUCACCUUUGAGGGCGGAUUCUGUGACAACCCCUGUUUUAUAGGCUCCUACCCGGCCUCUAAGGAUUUGAAGCGUGAUGACCCAAAAUGCAGACAUUGUGACCAAUCGUGUGAGGGCUGCUGGGGCCCCAGCAUGUGGCAGUGCACCCUCUGCCACCCGAGCCACAUCCUGGCCGAUGACGGCCGCUGCUUGAGCUGCUGUGGAAAGAAGACGCCACGUGACGACAAACCAAUACCCAGAGAGUGCUGCGACUGCGAGGCAUCAUACGUGCGAUGUAUCCUCGGUGUCAACUUUGUCAUGAGGUCAGGCUGAGGAUUUAGAGAGCAGUGCCAGGUUCAAUGUCAUGGCCUGCGUCAUGAGUAUCGUUGUUCUGGGUGGAGGGAUCUUUGUUUUGCUCUCCGCCCGCUCCA